UUCACUCGUUUUGUUAUUCAUGGGUACCCGUUGACUCGUUUGUUUUUAUUUUCUGCUGCGUUUAUCUUUAAGGACUUUAGUCGAGUUCCCGACUUUGUAAAGUAAAUAAAAUUAUGUUUGUUUUAAUAAAAUCCCCGUAGAACGCUGAUAUUUGAGUUUAGUCCGGACUUAACACAACUCUUGACCGAGGUACAGGUUGGCAAGCCUUAGGCCGAGGUUGAGAGGGACGGUACAGUGGUCGGACUGGUCGAGACUUUGAAUUUGUUUUGAAGUCUUAGCUGGUACGACUGCGGUAUUGUCAACCCUUGUAACGCUUCCGGGACGUUCCGGGUUGGUCCGGCCUAGGACGGUCCGGGGGUGUUACAAAUGGUGGUAUCAGAGCAAUGGUUGAGAUACCAUUACUUUCGUUUGCGGGUUUUCAUAUGUUUUAUCGAGUCAAAAGGAGUCGCAAACAACAUCAUUAGGGAACUGGCACGUCCUCUGCUUAGGAUUAGGAUUAGGUAUGUUAGAUCAGUUUUUGGGAAUUUAGGACCUUACCCUUUUACCUUGUGUUGUAGUUUCUGGUGCAGGCAGUCGACAGGUUGGGAGUAGAUCGAGGAUGAGGAAUGUGGUACGGUUACGGAGGGUUGGACAAGUGUCUGGAGCAGCCGGUUAUGAUGGAUCAAGUGAGUCAAGCUCAUCCAGCGAGUCAGCAUCUGAUUCUAACUUUGAAGAUGAGAAUGUGGUCGAGAGCACCGAGAGUUCACAUGAGACUGGGUCAUCUGAAUUUGAAGAAGCUGAAGUACUUGAAGAAGUUGAAGAAGAAUCUGAUCACCUGGAAGGCAUGAACUUUUUCGCAGGAACGGGAGCAAUUCCGCAAGCAUCCGACUCAUUCAACUACCAGUAUGGUUAUGGCAAUGAGUAUUGGGAAGCAAUGGACAUCAGCUCGUCCGACGUGGAGAUCAUUAAACCACCAGCGCCAGAAGUUAUUGAGAUCUCAUCAGACAGCACAGUCGCCGUCAACAUCAUUGACAUCAGUUCUCGUGAAAGCAGUCUGUGGAUUUCGAUGCCAGCUUGGAGUCCAGCAUUUUCACUUGGAGGAUCUCUUGAUUACAGUUUGGAGAGCAUCGGACAAUCUUUUGAUCCAUACAAUGAGUAUCACUACUCACCAAUGCCAAUGGAGUCACCGCCAGCAAAUCCUAAAGUCGGAACUGGAGCAAGGGAAGUAGACAUGGAAGUUCAACCAGAGAUCGUAAGAGAUGUUCAGAUGAUGGAGAGUACUCAGAAUGGAAGGACCAGACCAAAUGGAGCUCUAGGUGGACAAGUGGAAAAAGGAAGUACCAGUAGAAGACCAGCAUCAAAUGUUCAAGACUCUCGCAACAUUCCAACCGAAGAAGAAUGCAAUGUGUGUGGAGCGGAUGAUCAUCAUACUCGGGCUUGCACAAGGAUUAGGAGUCAGCCAGACUUGAGCGCAUAUCUGAUUUGCAGCUCAUGUGAGACGCGUGGACACUUCAUCGCAGAUUGUCCAAUGACCAACGUGACCAUAGCCGUACCCAUCUCCGUUGUUCCUCCUACCAGCCUGCUCGAUCAGCCUCAUCUACAACAGGAGGAUCAAACCUUAGAGACCUUGACCUUACUAGGAGUCCUGAUUGGGGUUCUCGUGGCGGCUAAGGUAACCUUAGGGGAUUGGGCGUUUGCAGGGUGCGGAGGACGAGGCCACGCGUAGAUUUCCGUUGUUGUUUGCAAGGCGCAAGAUGUUGAUGUUUUCACUCGUUUUGUUUUUCAUGGGUACCCGUUGACUCGUUUGUUUUUAUUUUCUGCUGCGUUUAUCUUUAAGGACUUUAGUCGAGUUCCCGACUUUGUAAAAUAAAUAAAAUUAUGUUUGAUUUAAUAAAAUCCCCGUAGAACGCUGA